GCUUAAAACACACUGACCUUGAAAGUACAGCCAAACCGGUUGUUCGUCUGUAAACAGCAGCAGUAGAGGGUAGUUUUCGGUAUUGUGCCAGAAUUGUCUUUCUUUGGGCUGCAAUAUUCUCGUUUGCGUUUAUCUAAGAAUUACUUUAUCGUGAGUAAUGAAAUGCCUAACCGAGGAUCAGCUGAAGACAUACGAGAGAGACGGAUACAUAGUGCUCAACCUCCUAACCGAAAAUGAAGCGGACGAACUGAGUAAAGAAUAUGAUGCCAUCUUUGCUCGGUACAACAAAGACGACAUGGAGGCUACUUGGUCAGGCGACUGGAACAAGCAAAGGGAAAAAACCGAGGUGUACUCAAUCCACGCCCUUCAGCUUUACUCCGCGGUGUUCACCAGACUUUUGCUCCACGAGAAAAUCUUAGAUGCCUGUGAGGAUAUCAUUGGGACAAGCAACAUCGUUUUGCAUCACACCAAAGCUCACAAAAAACCGCCUGGUACAGGCUCACCCUUUCCCAUGCAUCAGGACUACCAUUACUUUCCUCACAAGAAAGACUCGAUGGUGGCGGUUUUCGUCAGCCUAGACGACGCAGGCCCCGAAAACGGGGGUCUGUGCGUGUACCCAGGAUCACAUAAGCUUGGACCUCAGAAGGACUGCAGUGAUAAUCCCAUGACGCAUUAUGUUGACCAAAGUAGGUUCUCGUUGGAAAACGCUACACCUCUUACUUUGGAUAAGGGUCAGGUACUGAUAUUUUCGUACCUGCUCGUGCAUGGCUCUUACAACAACACAAGCAGACACGACAGGAGAAUGUACCUGAUGCAGAUGUACGCGGGAGACGAUGCGCCGUUAGGCAACGAGGAAAUCAGGCCUUGCCAGACCAUGGUCCUUCGCGGGGAACGAAUGGUUAGCAACGCAUCGGUGUGGAAGCCAUCCAUCCUCCAAGAUAAAAUAAACAAGAAGAAGAAAGAAGUCGGUGCUUCUAUGUAGACUUUGAGAAUACGAAUCCCAUUCGCUAUAUAUGUCCUUCCUAACACUUCAGGAACCCUGUCGUCCUGCAAGCUGUUGAUCGUUGGUAAGUGUCCAAGCAAGAGUGAACAUAGGAAGAUUUAUGUGUAACAUGGAACUGUGACAAGGCAUCAGUAAAAAUCGUUAUAUUUCCUAUAUCAAUAAAAAGACAUUUAAAUUCAGUUGGUGUAUGCAUUUAUGUGGUUUUACGCGUGACACCUUCAAAGUUAAGUUUUUUGCUUAUUUUCGAAAAGUAAAUCUUCAAGUCUUGGGUUAGUAAUAUUUCAAAUUCGAUUAGAAAAGGUCUUAUUUGUAACCCCGCCAAAGAGUUGAUCUCAACAACACUUUUAAAAUUGUUUUUAUCAAAGUUCUGACGAGCAAAUAAACAAACCAUCGACUGAAAAGCAGCUCAAGAUUCAGAUUGGGAAACAAAUGAGAAUCUUUUAAACCGAGUCCUUCUCAUGUUUCAGAUACUUUCGACAAUAAAUCUUUCCUUUCCUUACGCGCCAAGGACCAAAGAUAAUGUCUGAGAUCUCCCUUGAUUUUGAAAUGAGUAGAUCCUUUUCAAGAUUAAUUUUCGCUGACCGUUUUGAAAUACAACCACAAUUAGAGUAGUCGCGAACUGGGAAUCAGUAUAUCACACAAAAUUAUUCAUUGAUAACAGGUAGACGUUAACAUUCGUCCAGUAGCGGAUUAAGGUGAGGGGGCUGGGGGGCGGCGGCGGGCUGACAGGCCAUGACCUAGGGUCCUGUGCCAAUGAGGGCCCCGCACCUCACGCAAAAAAAAAAAAAAAAAAAAAAAAAAAAAAACUUACAAAUGUAUAUAAAAAUAAUUGAAUAAUGCUCUAGAGGUGCUCGAUCGGAAAACAACUUUCAGAAACCUACACCCUGCAUCCCCCCCUCCCCAACCUGUAAGGAACCUCUUUGAUUGCCCAUAAAUGAGAAGGCCCCCCUAAGAUGACCGGCCACGGGCCACGCACGCCCUAAAUCCGCCCGUGCAUUCGCCUGAAACUUAACUGGAAAUAAUCGUGAACCUUUAGUACGACAGGAAAAUUACCAUGGCACUAAUGGAACUCAUAUUUUACCUGGAAUAAGGAAAUAAAGUCAAUUUAUAACUGAUGAAUUUUCUCUCGGGUCUGCAUGUGCAAGGUCAGUGGUUCAUUCCAGCCUGGCUUGCCCCCAAUAGCUGGAUUUUUCCUAGAUAGUGACCCCAAGGGUUUUAAC